AUGACAGUGUCUAAUUCAGUGGAAGAGUCAUGGAAAGUUAUUUUUUGGCAGUCUGCAUUUCUGAGACGUUACAGCAGAAAUCUUGAUGCAGAUUAUAAUGAUUUGCAGGGAAUCUACAGUGCAGAGACCACAGGGAAGUUACAGGGAACACAAAGGAGAGUGUUGUUUAUUGUUUACACAAACAAAAAUCUUUCUUUUUACACGGGAAUAAACUGUCAAUGUUCCUGUGCUGUGCUGCCGCCCAAUUUUGCUUCCAAUGAUAUCCAAUUAACCACUUUUCUCCAAAAUAACGCACAGAUAAAAUGCAGGCCAAUCAAAAGAUUAACCCAAAGAUACGUUUCGAAACAAUCAUGCAUAAGUUUUGUUAGGGCUUUCAAGAAUCUUCCUGGAGUUGAGGUUGCUUGCGUGGACAGAUUGAAUUUGCUGAAGCUUGCACCAGGAGGACACUUGGGACGGUUUAUCAUAUGGACUAAGUUUGCAUUUGAGAAGCUUGAUGCCGUUUUUGGGACUUUUGAGAAAGAAUCCCUGCAGAAGAAGGGUUAUGAAUUGCCCCGAUCAAAGAUGGUCAACUCUGAUCUGGCAAGGAUUGUGAAUUCGGAUGAAGUUCAAUCUGUUGUGAGGCCUAUUCAGAGAGAUGUUAAGAGGAAACCCCUCAAGAAGAAUCCACUCAAAAAUCUGGGUGCACUUUUGAAGCUCAAUCCAUAUGCAAAGACUGCUAGGCGGAUGGCACUUCUGGCGGAGGCUGAACGUGUUAAGGCCAGACAUGAAAAGUUGGAUAAAAAGCGAAAGGAACUAAAAGACUUGGAAUAA